UCUUUUCCCUAAGCCCGUUUUAUUUGGUUACUUCAUCAUAUUCUCUAUGCACGCAAGGACAUCACGAACCACGACACCAGACGAGCAUCUUCUUCUUCGCCACCACUACGCACACGACUGUGACGGUUAUCUCCCCAGACGCAUUUAUAGUCUACUUUUCGUAAACCCUAGAGCAACCAUUUUAUCUGUCUUUGCUUUGUUUACAGGGAGAGAAACUUGCCCUGUUGUUUCUGAAGUAUACGUUAGGGUUUUUGCAGCUUCGUCCUCUGCAUUCUCUGCGCUACACACAAAACUGUGCAUUUCACCUCCAAAAUCGAUGGCGUAUUAUUACUCUAGACUCGAUUUCUUUUGCCAUUUGUGUGGGACAACGCUAAUUGUUCCUUCCAGUGAGUACGCCCAAUGUUCUUUGUGCAAAACUCUCCAAGACAUACAAGAUAUUCGUGACAAGGAAAUAAGUUACACAAUUACUGCUGAGGAGAUCAGAAGAGAGCUUGGAAUGGAAAUAAUCGAGGAACAGAAGGUGCAAUUGUCGAAGGUCAACAAGAAAUGUGAAAAAUGUGACCAUGAUGAAGCUAACUUUUAUACCAGACAGAUGAGAUUAGCAGAUGAAGGGCAAACUACUUUCUAUACAUGUACCCGUUGUGGUCAUCAAUCUCAGGAGAAUUAGUGGUUUACUUUAAGGCUAUCUUUGGAAGGAAUGUACCAGGAAAAAUAUAGAAUGAUCUUUAAGGUUAUUUUGUUCUGAUAAUAUGCCGCACCUGACCCCACUAAGAUUGUUAUCUGGUCUUAGGAAAAUUACAGGAAAAUCCAUGGAUACAAUUACAGGAAUCAAAUUCUCCUGUAAUAGCAUUUGAUUCCUGUGGUGAACUCAUAUAUAUGGUCUUAGGAAAAUCCAUGGAAGAAGUGUUAUGCAUUUAUUACACUAUUGAAAUUUUAUACAUGGCUGAAACUUUGCAUGGUGUUGGCUUGAUCCAUGGUGAUUUCAAGGACAGGUUGUUUAAUGUACAUGAGAGAAAAUAAAAUGAGAUUGAUGCGAUUUUUCUAUAUUUAGGAUGAGAUCUUGAGUUUGUAAAGAAGUGAUGUUAUUCAGCGUGUUAGAUUUGUUUUAUCA